AUGGAGAACCAGAAAAACAUCGACCAUUGUUCAUGGCAAAUCGCGGCGGCGAAGGGACGCAUCGGCGGUACCAAGGAGGAAAUUAAGAAGGAAGCAAGUCCCGAGCAGAAACAGAAGCUUGAAAGUGAACUAGCCGGCUACGAAAAUGACUUGAAGCACAAUGAAGAGAAGCGAAAGAAGUUGGAGAAGAAGUCGACAUAG